AUGCCGCCGAAAUCCACCCAAGGCAAGAAACCACGACGAAAAAAGCCUCAAAACUCCAGGCAAAUUCGCAAACCAGCGAGAAGAAGCAACGAGAAUCCCUGCCUGAACGCUGAUGACAGUCAAGUGGGACACGCAGUAGAGCAAACAGAGCUCCCAGAGUCAGGGUGUAGCAGAACGUUAUCGGUCAUGCACGAAGAAGAAAUAGUGGAUUACGGGUCGGAUGACUUCGAUGAUACAGGAUCGCAAUACGAGCAGCCCAAUCUGAACCACCAUCAGCCCCCACACGAUGAUCGUCUCGAGGACGGGCCCCCCCACCCUCCAUUCCUGCAGCGCGAGCCUCAGAUGAACCAUGCCCCGCCCUUCCAACAUCAGAUGAACUAUACCCCGCCCUUCCAGCCUCACAUGCAUCACCCUCAAAUGAACACAGGGCCUGGGUUCUUUCCUACCUCCAUUCGCGCCUCAAUCACCCGCUUCCCUCAAUGA